AUACGCUCUCUUCAUGACCUAUUUUGGCAUUCGAGUAUAGUCAGUGCGCGAGAGUCCCUGUUUCACGACCGUUAGUUUUGUCUACGAUAUAAGAGAAUAUUCUCUUAUAGUGAGAUACUGUUUAAGAGAAUAUCUCUCUUAUACCGUAGCCAACACGAUAUAACAGAAAGCCGGAUUUAAGAGAGUGAAAUUGUCUUGUACCGACCCUCUCUUAAAUCGUAGCCGCUACUGUAGGCUGUGAGCGCUGAUUUGAAGUGAAGAAAAAAAUAAAAAAGUAGAAGUGGUGCUACUCGUAGAUGGUGAGACUCGGAAACCUCGGCGCACAAGGUCGACCCCAACGGUUCGGGGCUGAUGUGUCCGCCGGCGACAACCUGUUCGUGCCGUCGGGGGGCGCCGUGUCGUGGCGGGCAAAGGCGGGUGGUGUGACGGAGGACGAAGAAGCUAUAGCUGUGCGAUUCUGCUACGUCGACGCAAGCAACUUCAAUUCCGUGAAGAGUCAGCUCCCACUGUACGGGGCUGUCGAGACCGGAGCCAACGGUCUUCUCCAGGCCUUUCGAUCCCCCGUGUUCGACACCUCCAUGUCAAGGAACCCGUCGACCGUGUCUGCGUCCGAAUUCCUCGAGGGCGGUCGAAAAGCCGCCAGCGUGAAUCCAUCAGCAUCAUCAUCGACGGAUGCUGAUAGCAGCGAAGCCGGCCUUGGUGCGGAUGGUGACAGUAGUGCAACCGCCGUGGGGAACAUGGGACGGAAACAAAGGCGGCUGAGCUCUACGGAAGAAGGUGCAUCCUCCAAUUAA